AUGGCACAAUAUUUACCACCAGAAUGGAGUACUAAAGGCCGCAAUGUAUUUGGUAUCUACCUGGAAAUUAUCAAAGGUGGUAUAGUCAUAGAGCAAUUUCAAUUAUCUCGAUCAAAUGGGUACAGUUACAUUGUCGUGGGGCGAAUGGAAAAUGUCUGCGACUUACAUCUCGCUCAUCCAUCCGUUUCUCGGAUCCAUGCAGCACUUCAAUUCGAUGAAAAAGGAGCACUCUUUCUCUAUGAUAUUCACAGUACUCAUGGUUGUUAUGUGAAUAAGAAACGGGUAGUGGCUGAAGAGUAUGUACAAUUACAUACUGGAGAUGUGUUGGUAUUUGGGGAGUCCACAAGACUCUAUGCGGUUUGCGGUCCACCGGAAUUGUUACCGGCCGAGUACGAGUCAUUGAAUCUGGUCAAAUUUAGAGAGAAAUUGGACAAGAAACGAGAAAUUCAAGACCAAAAGAAACAGCAAGAGGACCGAGGAGCUUCAUGGGGGUUUCGAGAAGAUGCCGAGGAGGAGGAAGGAGAGAGUGAGGAAGAGGAAGACGGUGCAAAGUGUAAAGAAAAGUUGCCGGACUACCUUCGGAAUUUGAAAGAGGAUGAUCAGCCCUACAAGUCCAGUGUCAGUCAAUCGCAGAUUAAUGAGAAGGACCACCGGUUGUAUCAACAAUUGCAGACACGGAUUCGCAAGAUGGAAAACAUAAAAUUAGAGACGUCGAGGAUUCUAGCGAAGCAAAAUCAACUUGAAGGACUGUCGGAGGGGCAACAGAACACGUUAGUUCGAAAUGAACAACGCAUUGAUACACUAAUGAAGGAGAUUGAUGACCUGGAAGGACGGAUUCAUGCGAAGAAUGAUCAGCGGACGAAGACUGGAGGCGUAUCAAGCAGCAGUGCUAGGAAGAAACGCAAUAUAAACGAUGAGCUAUAUGGAUACGGCAGUGAUGAAGACGACUUUUAUGAUCGGACGAAAGCCAAUCAACAAAAGAUUGCAGCACGAAAGCAAAAGAUAACGGGUUCGACCGCCGCUUCUGGUGUACAUGCAACGACGAAGAUUGCGCGAGCACCAAAGAGCGAGAUUCUUACAGCAGACUCUAUUCAGGCCAAUGUGAACGAACUAGAAGCUGAACUUGCAAAGCUUCACGAUGAGCUGACGGCUGCGUCUAUUACGGCUUCUGAUGCACACGCUGCACGUGAGGAAAGUAAACAAGAAGAGCAAGUGGACCCGUUAGAUUCUUUCAUGGCCGUGGCAACCACACAGCUGUAUGUGAACGAGGUAGACAUGCUGACGAAACGAAAGAACGAAGUGGAGAUGGAAUUAAAGCGCCAGCGACAACUACUUACAGUGGUCACGCCGGCGUUAGCUGCGUUCCCAAUCCAGAAGGCAUCAGCUGAGACAGUGAAUGAUUCUGUCGAAUGCUCAGAAGUACAUACAAAGUCACCAAACCCGGUUUCUGCAAGGACAGCUGUGUCUGUUACAGCAGUAACCAAACACCACGCCUCGGUGCAAGAGCAAGAGUCAGGUCUACCUGAGAUGAAAAGUGUUCCUAGUGACAAACAAAAAACACGAUCGGCUGCGUCGCAGGAGUCCCAGAAGGUGGCAGAGAAAACUGACUCCGACACAGUUGCACCGAAAAGGCGACGUAUUGCCAGCCCAGCAAUGGGCCCACCUCCGCAGAUGAAGCCUAGCGGAAGCAGUGAGCCCUACGGCAACGACUCGAGUAUUUUAGAAGGAGGCGAUCACGUGUGGGUCCCUCCGAUAAACCAAAGUGGCGACGGCCGCACCAAGCUGAACGACAAGUACGGCUACUAG